GAUGUUAACUAGAGCAACAAAUCGAAACAAAGAAUAAGGGUCAACCUCUCAAAAAGAGGAAGCGUCAGAGAUAAAAACCAUUUCAACGGAAUGUCAAUACUCCCUAGUUGAUAAUACUUCAUUCUUUUUAACCGUUACUAGUUAAAAUGUAACUUGAUCAGAGUUUUUAUUCAUUACUUAAAAGUUGUAUUAUUUAAAUAUCGUUUGUGUAAUAUUUUAUUUCCAAUCAAUUCGUUGACUGAUAAAAGUUUUUAAAACUGUUUCCUGUACAACUAAAGCUAAUUGUAUGGAAUCCGAAUAGUAAUCUCUUAAUGCGGGUUGUUUAAUGUUACUUCAGGAACGACUGUGAAAAUAGUUGAGAGAAGCUUUGCGCAUUAAUGCUAAAAUGUGUGGAUUUCGGUCGAGAUAUAAACUGUAAAUUAAAUUUAUCCAGUCACUCAGUCAGACAGCCGAAUUAUUGGGAAUAUAUUUUACCGUUUUAUUGGUUUUUUACUUUCGGGGGUGCCCAACCUCAUAGCUGGACAAUGACCAUAUAAUGUAUAUUGUUUGAAAGUUUUAUUUUACUGAAGUCUGAAGAGAUCAUAUUUCGUGGUAAAUGAAAAAAAUUAAUUCGAGCUAAUUUUUCUUGACCGGUGCAAAUUCUAGCAAUUAUAACUCAAUUAAAAUAAACAAUUUCUAGUAUGUCAACAUCAGGUACAUUACAUAAGUUUUUCAAGCAACCAUCUCAAAGUACUGACAGGCAACCAGCACCUUCUGACUGUAUCGUUAUAGAGGAUUUGCUACAAGAAUCCAAUGCAACACCAUCUAGCUCUUCAAAAAGAAAAGGUGUUGUCAGUACUAGUGAUGUUGGUAAGAGGAGAAAGCUCUCUUUGUCAACGCUUCGUGUGAAGCAAAAUAACAUAGCUGCUCUCCCUCCCAUGGUUGUGAUCCCUGAAGCUGAGCAGCAAACAUCUACACAAGCUGAUAGCUGCACCAAGAGCCUAACUCAAUCUGUGAAGGAUGUUUUGUCAUACUCUAAAUCUAAAGUUAAAGAAGUGUUGCCAAAGGAUGAUCUAGAUAAAGUGGUUAAUGGUUGCACCAAGAGCCCACCUCAAUCUGUGAAGGAUGUUUUGUCAUACUCUAAAUCUAAAGUUAAAGAAGUGUUGCCAAAGGACAACCCAGAUAAAGCUGGUCCGUCAAACUCUAAAUCUAAAUCUGGUAAGAAAAACGUUGUAAAACUGUUGCCUAAGAACAAAGAAAAGAAAGUUUUUGGAAAAAAUCAUGUAAAUAAGGUUGAUUCAAUUUUAGCAUCGAAAGCAAAAGAUUGUCUUAAAUUGUCAACCAGUCCUGUAAAAUUUACAGAUUCGCCUAUCAGAGCCAAGUGUAAGAGCAGGAACCAUUUAGUUUUAUCAGAUUCUGAUGAGGAAAUGGAUAAUUUGACUAGUGCAGAACCAGAAAAAUCUGGAAGGAGUAAAUCUCCAGAACGUGAUGCUAGUAGUUCAACUUCAGAUGAUGAAGAGGCUGAUGUCGAUUCUAGUUUUGGUCGAAGAAGUAAGAUGAUGUUAGAAUCAGAUUCUGAUGAAGAAAUUAAAAUCUCAUCAGCUGUUGAAUCAGAACAUAAAAGAAGUAAAUCCCCCACAUUACAAGCUUCAACUGAAGAUGAUCAUGUAUCUACUAUGGAUACCAGUGUAACUGGUCGCAGAAGUGGGAGAACAAGAAAGCCAGUUGAACGAUUUACUAUCGAUUUAUCUGAGGAUGAAGAUGAUACAAAACGGAAGAGUUGUAAAAAGAAGACCCCCAGCAAAAAGAAAGGGAAAGAGAACACACCUCCUUUAGAAGAUGAGCUUUUUAUAAUCGAUGAUAAACCCAAGCCUAGACGAUCCGUAUCAGCAGUUUUAGGUGGUAAAGGAGCUGACAAGAAGAAGAAGGCAGCAGAACCUGCCCGAAUGAGUAGUUCCAGUCUCAUGCAGGAAGCUAAGAAACUGAUGCUGGUGUCGUCCUCCAACAGGAGUUCUCCAAUUCACAUGUCUAGUAGUUCUCCUACUCCUGCUUCUGCAGCCAGUGCUCCAAAGUUAUCAGAUGAGGUCGUUUGGCCCAAAAUAUCACACUGUGGAUUAUCAAAAGAAAUCAUCAUGUACCCUCUGUUAGAAGAUGACCCAGAAUAUCUAGAGGACUUUGACCUUGAUCUGGACGCCCUUAGAACAGGCUUCAGACACGAGAUCCCUCAACCUCCAACUAACAAAUCCCAGGUUUGUAGCAAGAGGUACGAUGAGUGUGUUGAUGAGCUGACCACUAACCAUCCCAGUAGUAAUGUAGAGAACAUAGUUGAGCAAUACACUAACUGUAAGAGAGCCCCCAGUCAUCUCCUCUCGGAGGGGCCUAAAGAGUUACAGCAGUGGGAGGAUAGGACCUGGAAUCAGAUCUACUGCCCGGUGGACUACAAGAAGAUUAUCGGUAAUAAGUCGGAAGUUAAGCAGCUUUACAAAUGGUUGGACGGCUGGAGGGUUCGACUUCUUAAUGAGAAAAUUAGAAAAAAGAAGAAACACAAUUCGUACUCGGAUUCCGACUCUGACUCAGAGUACGUUGAUACAGACGGAGAAGAAGUGCGGUGGUUAGAUAAUGUAGUUCUUAUCACCGGGCCCUCGGGGGUCGGCAAAUCUGGGGCUAUAGCUACUUGUGCUAAUCAGCUAGGAUACAAGGUCAAGGAGCUAAAUGCGAGCUCGGAACGUACCGGGAAGAACGUAGCGGAGCUGUUCUCCGAGGCUUCACAGUCGCACUGCGUGACGGGAAAAUCAGGGGCUGCAGACUUCACCAAACUUGUAGCGGACAUAUCUGCCAAAAACGCAGCCAAGCGGAAGAAAAGAAAGAGUGCUGGAGGACUGGAGAACUUUUACAGCAAGCCGAAGAAAACCGACAAGAAUUCUUCUGAAAUCAUUAAUGUGGACAAGCCUUCGAAGGUUCGGAAAAAGAAGAAGUCAGAAGAGGGGAAAGAGAGAAAGAAGAAGAAUCAAGAAGGAAAAGGGAAGCUGAAGUUAGCGAAACAAAGUGAGAGCAAUAGUGUGGCCGCUGUGCAGGAGGCUGGAUCUAAAGUGGAAAAGUUGUCGUUGAUUGCGUUGGAAGAGAUUGACAUAGCAUUUGAAGAAGAUAGAGGAUUCCUUGCUGCAAUUGUAGCUCUGACACAAGUUGCCAAACGACCGAUUAUCCUAACUUCUAACAAUCCGAACAUAGCCUUGCCAACAGAUUCGGAGUUUUUGGUUCUGAAAUUCAACCCGCCAAAAACAGAGAGUGUUAUGUUGAAUAUGGGGUGCCUGUCACUGUCCUGCAAUAACCACAUUGCACCAUACCAACUCCAACAAUACAGUCAGUACUUCAACUCGGAUUUACGGCGACUGCUAGUCAACCUGGAGUUUCUAAACAUUUCCUCCUCAAAAAGAAAAUUAACUGAGAUAGACAUAGCCCGACAUUUCUUUGGAGUUAAACGUUCUCUAGCCCCACAAAAACUGUUCCUUGAACAAACCCAGGCACUAAACCUACAGUUUGUUUAUCUGAACUUGGGUAAACUUCUGAAAAAGAAACAGCCGAAGGGAGAAAGGAACAGUCUCCUGGAGCAAGUUGUUUGCAGUGACACUUUCGUGUAUCUAGAUAUGCUCUCUCCAAAAACACAUUCCUCUGAAUUAGACGUUUUUCCAGUGCGGACUAGCUCCUCUUUAUUAGAGGAUAUAAGCCUUUUAACGGACUGCGGAGACGACUGUUUCAUGCACAGGGUCUCCGUUGAAGACGGACUUCUUAAUUUCCUCAAUGUUGACAGUAAUUCUCUCCUAAAUACUCGGGUGAACUCUCUCAAGUUGAAGGAAUGCAAAAGGUUUGCUCAAAUCAAGGAGGUUCAAAGAGGCAUUCACGAGGCUGUGUCCCACGUGAAUCUUGUUUCUCGGUCAGUAAUGGACGAGUUCAGUGCGUUGAGAGGGAUUUGUAAAGUUGAUAAGAUAAAAGAGGAAAGUGGUGCUAAACGGAGGUUUAAACAUUAUUUGGAUAAUGAUAUUGGUAUUAAAAACCGAGAAUUGCUAGCAGAAUAUUGGUUGGGAUCUUGAUAGUUAUUGUUGUGAUUUAGAA